AUGUUAGAGCAUCUCGGCUUCGGGUUGCAGCCUAUGAGUCUGAAUGAAGUUGCAAGGUGCUGCACCUAUGAAAAUUAUCCUAAGUGUGUUAACCAGAUGAUGCUACUUGUUGUGGGAGUACAGUCUUGUAGAAGUGCCACAACGCAUGAGGAGGCUAUGCUGGACACUGGAGCUCUUGCUAGUCUGAUUGACUUUAAUUUUGCAAGAACUUGGGAAGCUAAACUUGGAGUCAGAGCCACAGCUGAUAUACAUUUAAACCAUGACUGGGAAGUGGACUUUCAUAAUGGUACCAUGGUGUGGUUUGAUAAUUUGAAACCAAUUGUGAGGCCAAACGGGGAAGUCAGCAGAUUGAAUGGCUUGUGUCUACGGGUAGUUUUAUUGUUAUUUGCAAUAGUACUCAAAGCCGUUGUACUACAUCAGUUUAGUGAUGGUGAUGUCGAUUAUAUUCUUGGGAGGGUUUCACCUCUGAAUCACUCACCUUCUUCUCUCGUUGCUUUCUUAGUUUUCUCUUCUGAAGUCUUCAGGGUUAGAUCCCUAACAGAGGCCGGAGUAUUCAUACCAGAUUCCCCGGAGUAUUACUUUUUAACUCAGCAGCUUGAGGACAAGCUUGUUUCCCCGGAGGUGAAUUUUAGGGUUUCGAUCCUAACAGCAACUUUGAGAUACAGAGAGUUGAAAAGAUUUCGAGCUUUCUCAGUGAAUGCCAUAGACCCAUACCCAUUCGAAAGUCGAGACCCAGAGAUGAUGAAAUUGAUGGCGAACACGUCUUCUUGUUCUUACUGCAGACCCACAAGAGGUAUGCCUUUUCUUCACUUCACUCCUCUUGUUGCUUUGUUUCAUUCUCUACCCACAAAGCCGAACAAGUCUAGAGAGAACCAUAUAGGGAAUCGACCCUCAAAGCCCAGAGGGGUGAGUAAUGUGGAGGAUGCCUUGAAGGUGUUCGAUGAAAUGAUUCAGUCGCGUCCUCUGCCUCCUGUUUUCCCUUUCAAUAAAAUUUUGACCCAACUUGUCAAACUCAAACAAUUUCCAGCAGUCCUCUCUUUGAAGAGACAAAUGGGUCUCGUGGGAAUCGCUUCUGAUGCUUAUACUCUCAACAUUACCAUCAAUUGCUACUGUCAUUUGAACCAGAUGGAGUAUGCCUUGUCUGUCUUGGCCCACUUCUUCAAAUUGGGUCUUCAACCAAAUGUUGCAACCUUCGCCACUCUAAUUCACGGCUUUGUUCUCCGAAAUCGAGUGGCUGAUGCAGCGCGACUUUUCAGCAAAAUGGUGGUGGGAGGUCAUUGCCAGCCGGAUGUAGUUACUUUCAACACACUAAUCAAGGGCUUUUGCGCGAUGGAAAACAACACUGCAGCUAUUCAAUUACUUGGCAAAAUGGAAGAAUAUGGAUGCAAGCCUGACAUAGUGUCCUAUAACACUAUCAUCGACAGCCUGGGUAAACAUACACUGGUUGACGAAGCAUUGAACCUCUUCUCGGAAAUGGUUGGUAGAGGUAUUGUUCCGGACGUUAUUACUUACAACUCAUUGAUUCAAGGAGUCUGCAAUAUUGGGAGGUGGAAAGAAGCUUGGAGAUUGUUGAAUGAAAUGGCCAGUCAAGGUAUCUUUCCAGAUCUUAUCACUUUCAAUAUCCUCGUUGAUGGCCUUUGUAAGGAAGGGAUGGUUGUGCAAGCCAGAAGUGUGGUUCGGAUUAUGAUUCAAAGAGGAAUUGAACCUAACACCAUUACAUACAGUGAACUUAUGGACGGUUACUGUUUGCGAGGAGAGAUGGACAAGAGUAAAAAGAUCGAUAAGUCUUACAAGAUUUUCAAAGAAAUGCCUCGUAGGGGAAUUGUUCCUAAUACCAUUACCUAUAACACUCUUAUUGAUGGUUUUUGCAAAGCUGGGAGACUACAAGAAGCAGAAAAGCUGUUCUCUGAGAUGCAAGAUCGUGGCCAACUUGCAGAUGUUCAAACUUAUAAUAUUAUACUUGAUGGCCUCUGUAACAACCAACAACUUUCUGAGGCAAUUGAAUUGCUUAGAGAGAUGGAAGGGAACAAGUUGAAACCAGAUAUUGUAGCUUACAAUAUUAUCAUUGGAGCUCUGUUCAAAGCUGGGAAAAUUGAAUCUGCAACAGACGUCUUCUCUGGUUUGUCAUCGAAAGGAGUACUGCCUGAUGUAAGGACAUACAAUAUAAUGAUCAAGGGACUUUGUAAUGGUGGCAUCUUAGUUGAAGCAGAAAAGUUGUUUAGAGAAAUGGAGCAAAAAGGCUGUUCUGCUAAUGGCUGCACCUAUAACACAAUUAUCCGAGGUUUUAUCAAUAACAACGAGACAUCGAGGGCUACAAGUCUUAUUGAAGAAAUGAGUGAGAGGGGUUUCUCUGGAGAUUGA